GUAUAUAUACAUAAAACCAUGAGCAUCGUUGUUUCUAUCUUCCUUCUUACUGUUUUUGCGAUGAGCCUUGACGUCGGAACAGGAAAAACCACCAUGGAACCGUGUCUCGAAUCGAUGAAGACCGCUUCACUACCUGAUCUACCCUACGCUUACGAUGCCCUAGAGCCAGCGAUCAGCGAGGAGAUCAUGCGCUUGCACCACCUGAAACACCACCAGACUUACGUUACUAAUUACAACAAAGCCCUCGACCAUCUCCGUUCCGCCUUGUCCAGUGGUGAUCACUCCUCCGUCGUCAAACUUCAGAGCCAAAUCAAGUUCAACGGCGGAGGUCACGUUAACCAUGCAAUCUUCUGGAAAAACCUAGCCCCUGUUCAUGAAGGAGGUGGUAAGCCACCUCAGGAUCCUCUGUCUUCUGCGAUAGAUGCUCACUUCGGAUCCUUAGAGGAGUUGAUGCAAAAAAUGAACUCUGAGGGUGCUGCUGUGCAGGGAUCUGGAUGGGUGUGGUUUGGGUUAGACAAAGAGCUAAAGAGACUUGUCGUUGAGACCACAGCUAAUCAGGAUCCAUUGGUGACUAAAGGAUCACACUUGGUUCCUCUGAUCGGAAUAGACGUAUGGGAGCACGCCUACUAUCCACAGUACAAAAAUGCAAGAGCGGAGUACUUGAAGAACAUAUGGACUGUGAUCAACUGGAAAUACGCUUCAGACAUAUUCGAGAAGCACAACCGAGGUCUAAACGAGUUUUAGAUGAAGUAACAAGUGUAUAUGUGUGUGUAUAUGAAAUAUGGUGAUAGAGUUGGUCGUUUUCUUUUCCAAAAGUUUCGUUACUAUAGAACCGAAUGCUUUGGAGGUUUUAGUCAAAUAAAUGUCAUGUACCUUGGAAUAAAAUAAAGUUGUGAUACGGAUGUUAAAGGUUUUAGGAAUCUAA